AUGCAGGACCAAAAGGAUGCGGAACAGGGGGCGUUGGAGGGAGCUAAUAGCUCCAAGCCCCCUACGGCCCCGCCAAACAUCUGUAGCGACCCCAAGCUCUCCAAGAACAUGCAAGUUCUGCACGGCCAGAACAAGGCCGACAACACAUCCUCUCCUAUAAAGGACUGGAGGAGGCUGCCCAGGAAAGGGGAGGAGAUCAAGAACGGCGAGCCUGUCGGCCUGGAGUGCAGCAACAAAGGCGACCGCAAGGAGCUGCUCAAGAACAAGGCUCAGACCAUAGCUCCGGUCCCUGGCACGGGAUCGGUGUUGGGUAAACGUGGUGGCAUCAAAGAUGGAGACCAGGUGGGGACCGUGGGGGUUAUCACCUACACCAAGAAGAAGAGAGGAGGUGAGAUCGUUUCCACAGUCACGGCAAAGGAGGAUGAUCAAGGGACAGAGGAUGGUAAGGAAGCAACCAGCCCGGGGGCUGCUGGUCAACUGACAGGCGCAAACACCUACCACCUGCCGAUUUUGCUGGAGAUUGAAAAGCAUCCAAAAUCCAACAGGCAGCCUGAAUUGCCUAGGUACGAGCGCAUGUGGGAGCGCGAGCCAUCCCUGCCUGCAGCCAUUGAAGGGGCCUGGACGGGCAGCCCACCUUGCUCUUCAUUAGGUGAUCUCAUGUCCAAGUUAAAGAAUACACGUAGCCACCUCAAAGAGUGGAGCGAGCAAAACUUUGGUAACGUAGCAAAGAGCAUAAAAAAGUUAAGCAAGAAAAUAAGCUCCCUGUGGAAAAGGCCAAUCUCUGAAGCGCGGGAAUUUGCUGUCAGAGUUUGCAGCAAAGAGUUAGAGGAAUUAUUGCAUAGAGAGGAGAUGAUGUGGAGGCAGCGCUCGAGAAUCAAUUGGAUAAACGAAGGAGACAGGAACACAAAAUACUUCCACAAGAAGGCGUCAUGGAGACAGAUGAAGAACAGGAUUAAAAGAAUCAGAGGGGCAAACGGAAAUUGGACAGAUGACCCAGCAGCUAUCGAAGACCUAGCUACAGAGUUCUUCAAGAAGUUGCACACCAAAGACAAAGAGGUUGCCCCAGACGAUUUGAUAAACCUACUCCACACCCCCAUAUCGAAAGAGAUGAAUGCUGGUCUUUGCAAAGAGUUUUCAGAUGAAGAAAUUGGCGAUGCUCUUUUCCAAAUCGGGCCGCUGAAGGCCCCUAGACCAGACGGCAUGCCUCGGCUUUUUUUCCAAAGGAAUUGGGCCAUUGUGAAAGAAGAGGUGGUUGCAGCGGUUACAAAAUUCUUCCAGGAAGGGGUCAUGCCUGAAGGACGCCCUCUGCUUGAUGGCAUCAUUUCGGAGACCCAGAGCGCGUUUGUCCCCGGGAGAUUGAUCACAGAUAAUGCAGUCAUCGCCUUCGAAAGUUUCCACAAAAUCCAAAGGAGCAACAAUGAAAACAACAAUCAUUGUGCUUUCAAACUCGACCUCUCUAAGGCCUAUGACCGUGUGGAUUGGUGCUUUCUGGAAAGGGCUCUACUAAAGUUGGGUUUCUGUGACAAGUGGACCAACUGGGUGAUGACCUGCGUUCGAUCGGUCCGUUUUUCUAUUAGAAUCAAUGGUCGCACUCUCGACCCCUUCUGCCCCACUAGAGGAUUAAGACAGGGUGACCCUCUUAGCCCUUACUUGUUCCUGUUUGUGGGAGAAGCUCUCUCCAGCAUACUCAAGAGAGAAACCGAUGGUGGAAGAAUCACUCCCCUCAAGGUCGCCAGGAAUGCUCCUGGCGUCUCGAACCUGCUUUUUGCGGAUGAUAGCCUCCUCUUCUUCAAAGCUACCACAGAGGAGGCACGGGUUGUUGGCAGCUAUCUGAAACUUUUUCAACUCGUUAGCCCGAGCAAGUGCUCGCUGAUGUUCAGCACAACUUGCCCAUCCGCAACACAGAUCGAGAUCAAAUCAAUCCUUAACGUGGUGUCUUCCACCUUUGAGGAGAAAUACUUGGGUCUGCCCACUCCUGAGGGACGUAUGAAAGGUGACCAUUUUCAGCCCAUUAUGAAGAGGUUCUCUAAACGUCUCACCAGCUGGGCGGAGAAAUUUUCCUCCCAUGGAGCCAAGGACACUCUUAUAAAAUCGGUGGCUCAAGCUCUCCCUGGGUACGCAAUGGGGGUUUAUAAGAUGACUUUGGGCUUCUGCGAACAAUAUGAGAGGCUCAUCUGGGACUUCUGGUGGGGAGACGAACAGGAUCACCGCAAGGCAUGGCGUUUGAUCCAGAAACCGACCAGCCUAUGUGCAAGGGUUUUAAAAGCCAAGUACUUCCCCUAUGGUGACAUACUGGACACAGUGUUCACCUCGGAUCCCUCCCCGGCGUGGCAAGGAAUAGAGUUUGGCUUGGAGCUGCUGAAGAAAGGAAUCAUCAAACGUAUUGGCAAUGGAAGAGGAACACAAUUCGUGAGAGACCAAUGGAUCCCAAGGAAUGAGGGCCUAAAGAUCACACACAUCAAGAAGAACUCAAGACGCAGAUGGGUGAACCAACUUUUUCUCCCUGGAACCAAAACCUGGAAUGUGGAACUCCUUCGUAAAUUGUUUCAGGAGCAUGAUGUUGAAGCCAUCAUGGCCAUCAACGUCCCUGAGCAAGACACAGAGGACAGAGUGGCAUGGCACUAUGAAACUAACGGUAACUUCUCGGUUAAAAGUGCAUAUCGCCUCGCUCUCUCGAUGAAACAUCAAAAGAGAGACCUGGGAAGUUGCAGCAGUAGCCCAGAUGGAAAUAGGUCGAUUUGGAACCUGAUUUGGAAAUCUAAUGUUCCCCCAAAAAUUCGCAUCUUUGGUUGGAGGGUGGCCACUGACUCCCUGGCCACUAAGAGAAAUAAAAGAAGAAGAUCUCUUGAGCUCAAUGAUCAGUGUAUCAUCUGUGGAAAUGGGGAAGAUGAUGCCCAUCAUGCUGUCGUUGCCUGCACCAAAGCGGUGGCUCUUCGUCAGGCUAUGCGCAAAUUUUGGGCCCUUCCUGUUGAAUCCAAGUUCAGAGAUUCAGGGACUGAUUGGCUUCAAAACCUACUCGCCCAGGCUGACGAGGGGAUGCGGCCUAGGAUCCUUUUGCUCCUAUGGCGCGCUUGGCACCUUCACAAUGAUGUCAUUCACCAAGACGGGAAAGCACGGAUCGAUGAAUCUGUGGUUUUUCUCCAGUCCUAUCUGGUCGACAACCACUUGCAUGUGCCUUCCAUGCAGGACCUGAGAGGCAAGGAGAUUGUUCAAGCCCCUGUCAGCAGGGACUCCACGGCGCCCAACUCUCCAGAUCCAACCUGGUCUCCUCCCCCGAAGGGUUGA